GGCUCGAGCGACAUACUCCAGCCCCGCGUGAGCCAGCGACGGUUGCCUCGCGAGCACCCCCCCUCUCGCGCAUCCCCAUCCCCAAGCCUCCCUCGGCGAGAUUCGAUGGGCAGCGUCGUCGCGGCGCCGUUGAGCGCGGCAGCGACGUUUCUUGGCGGCUGCUGCGGCACGUUCGCGGCAGGGUGCUGCUACCGCUUGGCCGGCAGCGGACAGGUGGGCAGCGCCCAGGCCGUCCGCAGCGUCAUCGUGCUUCUGCAAGCGUUCACGGCCGCGCUCGCCACCGUCGCGUCGGCGACCCCGACCCUUUGGCUGCCCUGGGCUUGCGGCAGGCUGCGGGCCGUGGGUGCGGGCGACCUGGGCAUCUGCGGCUGCUCGGGCGACGAGGCGUGCUGGGCCGACCAGCUCGUGUACCGGGCCGAGGCGGCUGGCGUGGCGGUGUUCCUCGCGCUGCUGCUGAUGGCUGCCGGCGGUUGCGCAGAGGGCGCGUCUCGAUCGGCUGCCGUGGCGAAGUUCAUGGCGGUGCCUCUCAUCGGCUUCGUGCUGCUGUUCGUGGGGAACGACGUCCUGAGCACGUUCGGAGCCUUUGCCACGGUUGCCUCGGCCGUCUUUCUGGCCGUGCAGGCGGUGAUGCUCAUCGACUUCGCGUACGCAUGGAACGAGGACUGGUACGCCAAAGCUCUGGAGGCACGGCGCGGCGCGCGCGCGUCCAGCGGAUUCCAGGGCUGGCAGAUGGGAAUUCUGGUCGCCUCGGCGCUGCUCCUCCUCGGCUCGAUCGCUGGGACUAUAUGCCUGCUCAUCGCCGUCCCCGAUGCCCGUGCGCGAAGCGUCACCGCUGUGGCGUGGGUGCUGGCGGCCGUGCUGCUCGUUGUGAGCAUCACGGAGCACGUGAAGCACGGCGCGCUGCUGACCUCCUGCGUCGUCAUGGCGUACAACGCUUGGCUCACGUGGGAGGCCAUGUCGUUGCUGCCCGGCGGCCGUGGCCCCGAGCUGCCGGCCUGGGCUUCGCUGUCUGUGUGCGCCGUCUCACUGCUUCUGUUCUCGAGGCGCGCAGGCGGCGCCGACGCGGCCGCGGACCAGGAUGGCCCAGACCCCGCCGCGGGCGCGUGCGGCGAGGCCGGCUCGUCAGCCAGGGCCGGCCAGCUCUUCCUCCUCCUCCUCUCGGGGAACAAACAAUGCCGUGCAAUGUCGGACAUCCGAGAGUUUAUGUUCAUGUCAUUGUUUGUUCCUCGAUCCUCCUCAUCUUCGGCUCUGGGCGCCGCAGACGCGAGGGACUUCAGGCUUCAGUGCGCCGUGCACGCUGCCGCGGGCGUCUACCUCACCGCCGCGCUGGCGCCGAGGGCGGGCGACCUGGCGCACGGCGUGCACACCGCCGUGGUAUUCGGGUCUCUGGCGCUGUACGGCUGGAGCCUGAUGGCCCCGUACGUGCUGAGGGGCCGGUCGUUCGGCUGAGGGCUUCGCCAGCGUGAGGCCCUCGCUGGGCGCGGCUCGUUCCAGAAGACCGUCGGGGCUCAGGAGCGAAAAAUUCACGCAGACACAAACGUGUAGUCGUCGACCCCCAGGAUACAUGAAAAGUGGGGUGGAAGACGAGCAUCCAG